AUGACUCUGCUUCCGCAGAAUGUUGAUUUCGUUCGACAAGCCUUGACAGAGUUCACAGGAAAUCAGAUGUUUGGGAGGAAGUUGGAUUUGGCUGGCAUCAUCAAAUCACGUGAGAUCUCACUUCUCAAGUCACAGGCAAGGCGACUGCGUGCAAAGGGUGAGGGGCAGGCCGCAAGAACAAAGAGCCAGCAGGCAGAAGUGCUUGCGUAUGAGCUGGAAUUGCAUAAGUCACAGACGGAAGUUGAGCAGCUGGAGAAAUAUCUUUGCUGGAUUCGCUCUUUGCCUGCAAUUUGGGAAGUGAGUCCACGGAGGAAGGUCCACAUUCCUGCGCCACAACAACAGUAUCACUUCUCAAGUAGCAGCGGCCAGUCACGGUGA